AUGGCACCCAAGAAGAAGGUCGAGCGCGGCGCGCAAGAGAAUGUCCAGCUUGGUCCCCAGGUCCGCGAGGGCGAGCUCGUCUUCGGCGUAGCCCGUAUAUUCGCCUCCUUCAACGAUACCUUCGUCCACGUCACCGAUCUCUCUGGCCGCGAAACCAUCAGCCGUGUGACCGGCGGCAUGAAAGUCAAGGCCGAUCGUGACGAGUCCUCUCCCUAUGCUGCCAUGUUGGCUGCUCAGGAUGUGGCUAUCCGCUGCAAGGAGUUGGGCAUCACUGCUCUCCACGUCAAGAUUAGGGCUACUGGUGGCAACGGCACCAAGACCCCCGGCCCAGGUGCCCAGUCUGCUCUCCGUGCCCUGGCUCGUUCCGGCAUGAAGAUUGGCCGUAUUGAGGAUGUGACGCCUACUCCUUCCGACAGCACGAGGAGAAAGGGUGGUCGCCGUGGUCGUCGUCUGUGA